AUGAAAACUUUACUCGCCCUCUUAGUUUUUGGCUUGAUCCAAGCAGUCAAAAUCAAAAACUCAUCCCAAGUUUUACCUAAACUAUUAAUGACACAAGUCCAAGACACAGGUCCUCUAUCCCAUGCAUAUGAAAUCUUGGAUCGAUUGUUAGAAGAAAUCCACUCAGAACAAAACGAGCAUGAUGGAAUGUACGAGCAACAAGUCAAAAAAUGUGAUGAAGAAAUUGCAUUUAGACAAAAAGAAUUCGGAAACACUCAUGUUAUUUUAUCCCAAAUCAAAUCCUCACAAAGUGUAUGUGAAUCAUCGUUAGAAAUUUUUAACAGAAAAUUAACAGCCAAUUUAAACGACCAAGAAUCAAUAAAAACCCAUAAAGAGACUGCAGGAGAAGCUAAAAAUCACAUUGAAUUGGCUUAUAAAACCAAAGCUCUUGACCACAAUCAAUUAGCUGAUUCUAUAGAAGACUGCAUUAAUGCAAUAGAAGCCUUAAAAGUCUCCCCAGCUGCAUUUGCAGAGCUUCCAGAAAAAGCAUCAUCUUUGAUUGUAGCGAGCUCAAAGCUAAAGAAAAUGUCACAAGUAGCCCCUGUUAUAUCAGCACUUGUAGAGCUUUCCCAAGUUUCACAAGGCGACAAAGUCCCACUUGAAAGAAUUAUACGUCUUUUACAAGAUCUUAAGGUCAGCUCGAAUGAGUCAAAAGUUGAUUUUGAUAAAAUCGCUGAAAAAUCUUCUGAGCUAUUUAACGAUUUAUAUGAAAAACUAAACUCAGAGCUCGAAAAAUUGAAAAAUGAAGAAAUAAAAAUAAGGGACCAGCUCUCCCAGCACCAAAGCUGCAUAUCCUCUCAAAGCAGCUUAAUAGAAAAAGCUUCAGAUAAAGACAGCAGAUAUUUAAGUAUAUUGAAUUCUGUUCAAAAACUCUGUGAAAACUGGAAAUCUCAGCACGAGUCCCAAUCAGAAAACAGAAAAAAAGAAAUUGACACAAUUGAAGGGAUUAAAAACGUCCUCCAAAGAAGAUAUGGAGAAUACAAGCUAAGCUCAGCUGACAGAGCUGAUAAAUAUAAAGAAGACUGGGAUAGAUACACAAAUGUUUAUGUGUACCAAAACCAAUGGAACUAUCAGCAUCACCAACGUGAUUUUGAAGGCUAA